CAGACCACUCGCGAGAGUGUGACCCAAAUGCGGACGCGUCACAACCGCUAUGCCGCCAUCUCUUCCGGCUCUCGAUGAACCGGCCGGUGAGGAUGCUGCUUCAAUUGCAAGCUCAUCGUCUCUCUCCCACCCACGUUCGUCUAGCAAGUUUGGCUUCGUCAUCUUUUAAUGUCGCUAAAUCUCUCACUGUGAUCCAUGGAUGGAUACAUCAGAAUCACGUUAAAGUAUCACCAUUUAAGAAGUUUAGCAGUGGUUUUAGUUCUUGUUCUGCAUUCCAAGACUUGACAGCCAAGAAGUGUGUACCAUGCAACUCAAAGGAGAUCCGGUCAAUGUCCGAGCAGUCAGCCAAUGAAUUGCUUCCACAAGUACAAGGAUGGAUCUUGAUAACUGACAAUGGUACAAUGAAGCUGCACCGUUCAUGGAAAGUGAAAACUUUCAUUAAAGGAUUGGAGUUCUUUCAGAUCAUAGCUGAUGUUGCUGAAGCAGAAGGUCAUCACCCUGAUCUUCAUCUGGUUGGUUGGAACAAUGUGAAGAUUGAUAUAUGGACUCAUUCUGUUGGUGGGCUGACAGAAAAUGACUUCAUUCUUGCUGCAAAGAUAAACAAUCUCAAUGUUGAACAUCUUCUGAGGAAGAAAGCUGCUGAUUAAGUGUUACUUUUUUUUUUACAUUGCACUAUGAUUUGUCUUUUUAUAUUUCUGAUCUUCAAUGACACAAAUAUAUGUUUUUGAUGCUUUUUAAGUGCCAAAACGUUGAUAGAUUUAAAGAUAUGGAUAAAACAAUAACAAACUGAUUUCUUUUUUUUUCC